GUCUUUGCCUUCGCCUUUGCCCUCCGUAGCAAAGAGGAAACAGUUCAUUCGUCUCUCUGAUCUCGCCUCCGCCUCAGUGUCCGUGAUGAAUCAGAGAUUCCGGAGCUCCAACGCGAAGCCCCCGCCGCCAACCACCAACGAGCGGCUGCACCGGUACCUGAGGCCUGGCGCGCUCGCCCGUCUCCGCGACGAGAGGAUCAGCACCGCCAGAUCCGCCUCGCUCGCGCUCCUCGACCUCUCGCUGCCCCCCUUCCCUUCCGCCCGUGCCGCGCCGCCUGCCCAGGUCGAGGGGCUCCGCCCUUUCUUCGCCGCCAGGGUGCACGGCCCUCGAUUUCCAAGGCGGAAGAAGCUUUCCCCCGCCAAGUCCGUCUAUCUGGCCUCCUCGUCUCCGGAUCUUGCAGAUCCCUUCUUGGACGCUUUCGGUGUGGAUCUGGUCGCUGCACAUUGAACUUUUUUGUUUUUUUUUCUUUUUCUUUUUCCGAUUGUUUCCUCGAAAUCCUUAAUAACAGAGAGAGAAAAAAAAACGAUCUUUGGACUACCUAUAUGUUCUGCUUAGGGCUUUGUUCCUUUUCUGCUUCAGCUAACGAAAGAGGCAACUUUCUA